ACAAUCCGACAGACGAUUAAAGCGCAGAUGUUGGUGUUAACGGAUUUAACAUCUAACCACGAAGUCACAUUCAAAAUUUUGAUGCUCCAAAUAAGAACAGAAACUGAUGCAGGCAGGAGACAAGUUCUGAUCAGAAAAUAUGAAGCUCUUGACAAGGCUAGAGAUAAAAUUGAAGGAACGAUUGAAACCAUCAAUCGGCAUUUCUUUCCAGAAGUUGUUGUUGAGGAUGGAUUGGUUGGGUAUUAUAGAUCUUCAAGAGAUUUAUUUGCUUUUAAAACUGUCGCUGAGCAUUUCAGGACAACCCGUUUUAACUGGCAUGAGGAAGAGUUUCUGAUCACCUUGUCCUACAUGCAUGUAUUUGCUCGACUCUGUGCAAGUGGGAUUGGAGCUAAGAGAAUCAUAGAUGUCAUAACAGCAGCCUCCGGGUGAAUGUGUGUUCCAGUGUGAUCUAAACAGCAUUUUUAUGAGAAGUUUAUAAAAAAUUGUUAUUACUGUUCUGGAAAAAGGCUAAUGCUCCCGUUGACAAACUAUGGCUUAAAGAAUUGAUAUCUACUCUGCAGUUGGAAUGAAACCGUUCCCUAUCUGUCAGUCAAUAUGAGUUAUGUCAUGAUGACAGACUGGGGUCUUGCUUGGAGCAAUGAUUAGCUCUGAUUAAGAAAACGUCAAUGAAAUUUGGCAGUUGCUUAACUAAUCCUGACCCACUCUCUAUCACACGGGUAUAAAUAGGCAACAGGUGUAACCACUUUUCGGCUUUUUGCUUCAGAGCCGAGCGUUUUUGCAUGACUGCCAAGCAAAAGCUCUCUGCUACAAAUGAGGAAAAGUUGGAGACAGAAGUUGUUCCUGGUGGCAUUACAACACGA